AUGACAAUUGGAUAUAAAACAUGCAAGAAUACUGGUCCAGUCCCUUGUGUACGAUGGGCCUGCAAGUCUGAUCUGCCAGGUUAUGACUACAAAACUUCCACUGGAGUUGGUCUGCAGCAUAAACCUUCAAUAGGUGUCCAUGUUCAGAACAAACCUGCUGUCAUCCCAGAUCAUCUAAAAACUAAGGAUCUGACAGUGGUGAAGGAUGGCUACAGGACUGUGCUGACUGAUGAUCUGAACUGGAAACUGGUAGAUGCUGAUCCCACAGAUAAGGCUAACAAGGUUCCUUGUACAUCCCUGUACAUCAAACGUUACGGAGAAAAGGUAAAAGCUAACCCACCCAACCCUGCGAGACAGCUGGAGUCGGAGUACAGGGAUAAGUACCAGAGACAGCAAGUGUUUCCGGACGACACAUGCACAGUUGACCUUAGGCACCAGUAUUUGUGUAGAGUGAAGCCGGACUGUAGUCAAGCUCCACCUGCAGAAGGAUUUGAAUAUGACGGCUACACCAGACUCCUGGACCCAUACAACACUACUUAUGGGCUUACACACCACUACAUUCACAAGAGGAAUGCUGAUUUCUUCAGAAGUGAACCGAUUGACAUCACUCCAAUUCUGCCUCCUCGGAUCAAACCUGUUUAUGACAAGCUGGUGUUUAGCAAUCCUUGUUUCAACAAAACAGUUCAUCGGCCAUUUCGAUUUGUGCCUCACUCGUAAGUACUACAAUUCUUUAUAAAUGUCUGGUAUUAUAUUGCUAGCCAGGAG